AUGGAGUCUGAGGCAUCAAUAAGUUAUCAGCCAAGCAUGAGAGAUCGGGUGCUUGCUGCUGCUGGGCCCGUACUGUGGAUUGCUAUCAGCUAUGUAGACCCUGGAAAGUGGGCUGCAUCUGUGGAGGGGGGUGCUCGGUUUGGUUUUGAUCUGUCUUUGAUCGUGCUUGUUAUAAAUUGUGCUGCUAUAUUAUGUCAGUAUCUGUGUGCUCGUAUUGCAAUUGCCACUGGGAAAAAUCUUGCUCAGAUUUGCAGCGAGGAAUAUGAUGAUCUGACGUGCAUAUUUUUAGGAAUUGAGGCCGAGAUCUCAAUGAUUUUGUUGGAUCUCACAAUGGUUAUUGGCACGGCUUAUGGCCUUCAUGCGGUUUUCGGGAUCGACCUACUUAUUUGUGUUUUCUUGACUGGCUUUGAUGCUGCUCUAUUUCCAUUUCUUGCUAGCUUUCUUGAAAAUCCGAAGGCAAAGAUCACAUUAAUAUUUUUGGCAUGCUUUAUAUUCGCAUCUUAUGGUACUGGAGUUCUCAUUAGUCAGCCAGAAAGCUCACUGUCUGCUGGCGGGAUGCUUACUAAGCUAACUGGGGAAAAUGCAUAUGUGUUGAUGAGUGUCCUUGGAGCAAAUAUUAUGCCCCACAACUUUUACCUACAUUCUUCUAUUGUACAGCAAGAUCAACGCCCAACAAAUGUAUCUAAAGGGACACAGUGUCAUGACCAUUUUUUUGCCACAUUAUGCAUCUUUAGUGGCAUUUUUCUGGUCAACUGUAUGCUAAUGAACUUGGCAGCCAAUGUGUACUAUGGCAGUGGACUCGUUUCACUCACUUUACAAGAUGCACUUUCAUUGAUGGAUCAGGGAUUUAGGAGCUCCUUAGCUUCAAUUGCCUUAAUAGUCAUUAUGUUUUUCUCCAAUCAACUGGUAGCAGUAACCUGGAGUCUUGGAAGACAAGUGACUGUCCAUGAUUUCUUCAGAUUGGAGAUUCCUGGUUGGCUUCAUCGUGCUACAAUCAAAUUAAUUGCGAUGGUACCAGCACUGUUUUGCAUUCUCCAUUCAGGGGCUGAAGGUAUAUUUCAACUCCUGAUCUUUACUCAGGUCGUGGUUGGGCUUUUACUUCCAUCUUCCAUCAUCCCACUUUUCCGAAUUUCUUCCUCCAGACCCAUUAUGGGUGCCUACAGGAUCUCUCAUCUGGUGGAAUUCUUAGCUUUAUUCACCUUUGUCGGGGUGCUUGGGAUAAUGCUCGUGUUUGUCACUGAAUUGUUAUUUGGAGGUAGCGAUUGGGUUAUUAGUUUAAAGUGGAACAUCGGGAGUAGUGUGCCCAUCUCAUACCUUAUUCUGCUAAUUACUUCUUUUGCCUCCAUGGGUUCAAUGCUUUGGGUGGCAAUCACUCCAUUGAAGUCUGCAAAUUCUGGGGGAAAUAAUAUGGAGGCGUUGAGGUGGGACAGAAGAUUGGCCGUGACAGAGUUGUCUAUCAAUAGAGACCCAGCUCGAAUUGGUGAACACUUAGAAAAGUCAACUGAAAACCAAGAAUCCAUGUCAUCAUUGCAGAAAUCCUUUGGAACCCAUCAAAAUCUUUCUACCCCAACGUGUGAUCUGAAUUUGCCUGAAACUCUUCUGGACUCAGAGACCAAUAUUCGUCUGACCACAAUUGAGGAGAAUAGAACAGAGAUCUCAUUUAAUCCCGACGUAGGGAAACCUGAGGAACCGGAAAACAUUUUAGAACUCGCCUUGCCCGAAUCUGAUGAGAUCGUUAAAAAUGAAUUGCCGGAAGAUGUCACCUCAAGCACCGAAUCAAACGAAAUUGUGGAGAAGACAUUGAAAAUCGAGGGGGACACACAGAGUGAGAAAGACGAAGGAGAGUCUUGGGGGCCCAGAGAAUCAACUAAGGAUGUUCCAGAGACUGCCCUGUCUUUGACUUCAGAGGGUCCGGGAUCAUACAGAAGUAUUAGAGGAAAAAAUGAAGACUUAGGGAGUGGCACUGGUAGUCUUUCGAGAUUGGCGGGAUUAGGCCGUGCUGCCAGGCGUCAGUUAACUGCAAUCCUCGACGAAUUCUGGGGACAGCUGUUUGAUUUUCAUGGCCAGCCAACGUCUGAGGCGAAAGCCAAGAAAUUGGAUGUUCUAUUGGGGGUUGAGUCUACGAUGGACUCGAAACCUUCCUUUGCACCUGUUAAAUUGGAAAGUGUGAACAAGGAUUCUGCUGCAUAUUUACCUUCUGCAUCUGGAAGAGGGUCUACUGACUUUUUAAGAACUCCUAGCUUUUAUGGUCCUCCAGUGCAACAUAUUGCACAUAGUAGUAGUAUUGGAUCGACUCUUGGUGUUCAGCCAGGGUCAUCAAUGUGGUCAAACUCUAACCAAAUGCAACUGUUGGAUGCAUAUGUGCGGAAUUCCAGUUCCGAUUCUAUUGACUCCGGCGAGAGGCGUUAUCGUAGCAUGUAUGUCCCGUCAUCUUCCGUUGGCCAUGAUCAGCAGCCAUCUUCUUUCCAUGGUUACGACUUGUCUUCAUGUGUGGGUCAACUGGCAAAAGACAAAAGUUCAGAUUAUCUAAAUUAUCGAGUGGAGUCCGUUGGCCAAACCUCAACGCCUACGAUCAAAUCGAAUCCCGUGGACUUGUACACUCAGCCAGUAGGACUGAAGCCACAGAAUGGAAUGCGUACGAUGAAGCCACCCGGAUUUCACAAUGUUCCCGUCGCUCGUAAUAGUUCGAUGAAAUCUGAAAGAGCUUUUCAGGAAUUUUCUCCCGACCCAAUGGACUACAGUAAUAAUAAUAACCCGUCCAAUGUGAAGAAAUUCCACAGCCUGCCAGACAUAUCAGGGCUCUAUGUCCCGCAACGAGAUUCUUCAUCUGAUAACAACUCACAGUGGCAGAAUAAUUUGAUUGGUUAUGGGCAGUCAGUUAAUCGCUCGGCCCGCGAGCAAAUGGGUUCCAGUGCUUCGUCUUGGACUAGUUCUGCUUUAGGUUUUAAUCAAAUCUCUACUCCGAAAGUGUGUAGAGAUGCCUUUUCGUUGCAGUUUGGUUCUGGCUCGGGCGCGGGUUCAUUUUAUUCUAGGCAACCUUAUGAGCAAUUUGGCGUGGCCGAUAAAUCUCCGAAAAGCCAAGAAACUGCUUCGGCUGUGGAUAUGGAGGCUAAGCUUCUGCAGUCAUUGAGAAUUUGUGUCAUGAAGCUUCUGAAGCUGGAAGGAUCUGAUUGGUUAUUCCGACAAAAUGACGGGGUUGACGAGGACCUUAUCGACCGAGUGGCUGCCCGAGAGAGAUUCCUAUUUGAAGUCGAGACUCGGACUGUGGAUGUCAAGCUUAGUUCUGCUAUUAAAAUAGAUGAGAUAGAUCAUUCGAAGUUUAUGUCGGUCCCUAAUUGUGGUGAUGGAUGUGUUUAUCGGUUGGAUCUUGUUGUAAGCUUUGGUGUUUGGGGCAUUCACAGGAUACUCGAACUUUCCCUCAUGGAAAGCCGGCCAGAACUUUGGGGAAAAUACACCUAUGUACUGAAUCGUCUUCAGGGUAUUAUCGACCUUGCAUUUUCGAAGCCUCGACCCGCAAUGUCCACAUGCUUCUGCCUCCAGCUUCCAGAUGGUUAUUCCCAAAAAUCGAGCCCACCCAUCUCAAACGGCAGCCUGCCCCCACCAGCGAAAAUGAACCGAAGCAAACUUACGACUACAACAAUGCUGCUGGACAUGAUCAAAGACGUUGAGAUCGCCAUAUCGUGUCGAAAAGGCCGAACGGGCACUGCAGCUGGUGACGUGGCUUUUCCCAAAGGUAAAGAGAAUUUGGCAUCCGUUCUCAAAAGGUACAAACGUCGAUUGGCAAGUAAACCGGCCGGGUCCCAGGAAGUCGGCUUGAGGCCCGAGCCUCGAUCUCCCUAUUUUCGACUGUCCCUGGUGCUAGGACAUUGGAUUUCUCCGGGCGGUGGCGGUUCUUGUGGCUGCGCCCACAGGGUUAUGGCGAGGGAGGGCAGCGGCUCAGGCCUACUGAUGUAUGCCUCCCAACUAGAUUCUGUUGUUGGCUGA